AUCGCACACGACCAGCAUGGGCACGAAGCGCGUCAAGGGCAAGAAGAAGCUAAAGAGCAUCAAAACCAAGCAGACCGACUUGCAUGGGUCCAAGCGCCGCCUGGUCAAGCUCGGCAAGGAGCAGAAGAAGGGCAUGAAGGGCAUCGUGGCCAACUACAUCACACGCAGCCAGGCCAUCAAGAAGCUGCAGAUCACGCUCAAGGACUUCCGCCGGCUGUGCAUUCUCAAGGGCAUCUACCCGCGCGACCCGAAAAAGAAGGCCAGCGGCAAGGCCACAACGUACUACUACAUCAAGGACGUCAUGCACUUGGCACACGAACCGAUCUUGAACAAGUUCCGUGACAUGAAGACGUUCAUGAAGAAGAUCAAGAAGGCGCUAGGCCGCAAGGAAAUCUCCGACGCCCGCCGCAUCAACGAAAGCAAGCCCACGUACCCUCUGGAUCACAUCGUCAAGGAGCGGUACCCUCGCUUCCAGGACGCGCUGGGCGACUUGGACGAUGCGUUGUGUCUCGUGCAUUUGUUUGCAGUCAUGCCCUCCGUGAAGGGUAUCCAGAGCAAGAUGACCACCGACUGCCUCAAGUUGGUCCGCGAGUGGCAAAAUUACAUUGCCGCGAGCCAAACCUUGACCAAAGUGUUUGUAAGCAUCAAGGGGUUGUACUACCAAGCCGAGAUCAAAGGCCACACAAUCACGUGGCUCGUGCCCCAUACGUUCACACCUACGAUGGACAAACACGUGGACUUGCGCGUGAUGCUCACGUUUUUGGAAUUUUACCAAGUACUGCUCAAGUUUGUGCACUUUCAACUGUACACGGAGCUCGGCGUGGCGUACCCGCCCAAAAUCGACUUGCAAUUGGACGCUGCUGGCGUCCAGUUGGCUGCGUUAAAGUUGGAAAAGAAGGUAGUUGAUGACACAACAAGUCCAGCUUCCAACGAGGGCGACGCAACCGCCGCCGACACGACGGACAACGAAGCGGCCGCGGUCGCCCAGCAACAACAAGACUCGGAGGCGCGGAUCCAAUCGUUGCAAGUGCAAGCUGGCGACAACGACGAAGAAGCCCAUGAUGAAGAAGCAAGCACAUAUGGCCAACUGACAGAGUCGUUGACUGGGGCGUUUUCGGCUUUGACCAAGGACUUUGUGGGCGACAGCGCAGACUCUGACGACAACUCGACCAAGCUACUGACCGGGUUGCGCUUCUUUCUGUCUCGUGAAGUGCCCAAAGCGUGCCUCGAGUUUGUCAUUCGAGCCCAGGGAGGGGUCGUCGGGUGGGAUGGCGUCGGGUCGCCGUACUCGGAGAAGAGCGAGCUCAUCACUCACCAUGUGAUGGAUCGCCCGCAGCAAGGCCACCGGUAUUUUACACGCGAGUAUGUGCAGCCGCAGUGGGUGUUUGACUCGAUCAACAACCAAACGCUGCUGCCUCUGACAAAGUACGUCCCGGGGGCGGCCCUGCCGCCGCAUUUGUCACCGUUUGUGGACGAUGUCGCAGAGGGGUACGUCCCAGACUACCGCAAGCAACUGGACAAGCUCAAGAGCGCGUUGGAUGUGGCGGGGGGCGAAGAGAUCGACGUCGAUGAAGAAGAGGAAGCGGAGAGUGAAGAUGAAGAGGACGCGUAUGUCCAGGGCUUGAAGGCCGAAGCCGACGGGGGAGUGGCGGCUACCAUCGACAACGACGACGACGACGACGACGACGAGGAUGUGGCGACCAAGAAGCGGCCCGCGGCGGCGGUUGAAGGCAAGCCCUCGAAGAAGGCCAAGCGCGAAGCCGAGGACGAAGAGCUCCACGACAUGGCCGUGAAUAUGAUGAACAAAAAGGCGAAACGAUUAUAUGGACGCAUGCAGCACGGGAUCGGCAAAAAGUCGGACAAGGUCAAAGCCCUCGAAGACAAGAAGCUCGCGCUGCUGGCCAAGAAAUAGACCCUUAUAUAACAUCAACCAACACACAAACUAAAGUAC